AUGAGGGUCAAGAUCUUGAACAUGGAAGAUGACCAGAAUUGGUACAAGGAGCUCCGGGGUGCUAAGGGAAUUAUUCCAAAGAACUACAUCUGGGUCAAGCCACAUCAUCCCCACUGUGGCCCCCACAGACCUCAUGACCUCACCACUGACCUCAGCCCACCUGCUGCGCUGGUCUCCCGCUCUGGGGCCGUGACCGUGACCGUGGGCUGGUACUGGGGCACACGGGUCACCGUGAACUGCGGGGACCAGGUCCAGCACUUCAAGGUGCUGCGUACAACCUCGGGGAAGUACUCCCUAUGGGGGGAGAAGUCCAACUCCCUCAUCCAGCUGGUGGGUUUCCACUGCACCACAAGCAUUGCCAAGAAGCAGCACAUCUUCCUGCAAGAUGAGGAGCCCCCGAUCAAGCCGCCCCAGGCCUACUUCACCCAGGCCCUCUUCAACUUCUCUGCCCAGGACCCUUCACAGCUUAGUAUCCGCCCUGGCAACACCAUCGAGGUCCUGGAGCGCCCGGGUCCCCACUGGUGGCGGGGCCGGCUGGCCGGGCACCUCGGCUUCUUCCCACGCAGUUAUGUCCAUCCUGUGCACCUGUGA